UCGGCUCGUUCAGAUUAUAUUUUCUUCAGUCCCAAACUGAUAAACCAUUAAUAAUGGCUAGAACCAAGCAGACCGCUCGCAAAUCUACCGGUGGCAAAGCCCCCAGGAAGCAGCUGGCCACCAAGGCAGCCAGGAAGAGCGCUCCGGCUACCGGCGGUGUGAAGAAGCCUCACCGUUACAGGCCCGGUACCGUGGCUCUCCGAGAGAUCCGUCGUUAUCAGAAAUCCACCGAGCUGCUCAUCCGCAAAUUGCCCUUCCAGCGCCUGGUCAGAGAAAUCGCUCAAGACUUCAAGACCGACCUGCGCUUCCAGAGCUCCGCCGUCAUGGCUCUGCAGGAGGCCAGCGAGGCUUACCUGGUGGGUCUGUUCGAGGACACCAACCUGUGCGCCAUCCACGCUAAGCGGGUCACCAUCAUGCCUAAAGACAUCCAGCUGGCCCGCCGCAUCCGUGGAGAGCGAGCAUAAAGUCUUCCAGCUCCAACAUCACCACAACGGCUCUUUUAAGAGCCACUUACUGCUUCAUCAGAGGGCUUGUUAUUGUCUUGUUAAAAUUUGUACAAGUCGCGCUAGUA